CCUCCUCUGGUUCAAAAACCCCCACACACUCCACCUCCUCCGCCUCCAUAUCCGGCAACCGACGGUACUCCCUCUCCCUCUCCCUCACAUCAAUAACCACCGGCGGAGGCGGGCGCGGCCACGGCCUUGCAAUCCUCACUGGUCUUACAGGCGGAAGCGGAAUGAAUGUCUCCUCGACGUCUCGAAUCUUAGUCCGACUUGUUCGGUGAGUAUCUCGCUCUCGAGGUGCAGGUGGGGGCGGAGGUUUGCGAGACGGUUGAGGGGGAUGAUAGCUUCGCGGUGGAGGGCGGAUGGAGAUGGAGGUGGUAGUGGAUGUGGAUGUGGAUGUGGAAGUAUCGCUGCAGGUGCUGCAUGUGCUCUUCGAUCUUCUUCGUCGUCUGCUGAAGUGAUGGUGGUGGCUGUGGUGGUGAUGGCGAUCGUGGAAUCGUGGUGGUGGUGAGGGGGAGGAGCAUCGGGAGGAGGAGUCGAGGUUUAGAUUGAGGAUUUUGGGGAGGGAGAGGGUGUCGGAGAGGGGGGGCAGGCACAUUAUUCUUUUUGCCUUUCGCUUUUGUGUUGUUGUUAUUUGGGUUGUAUGGGGUGGGUUUUAGGUUGAGGACGAUAGAGAAGUCUUUGGAUACGAGGUGAAUGUAGUGAAUGUACGGGUUGGAUGAUUUGAUAUUGAAAUUAAGAUCAGGCCUGGUCCAAUGCAGAAAUGGAUGUUCAACUUGGUAUCAUUUAAGAUGGAAAUCUAUAUUCAAGUUGAUAGCCAUGCGGGAAUCACUUGACCGGGGUAACCUGUCAUGCGGAUGGUCGGGCCCGGUGAUAGCGUCACCCAGGUGGAUGUUAGGAUAUUAUGAAGAUUAUUGGGUAUCGGGUGAGUGUAUCAUAUCCGUGAUAGUGCUAGUUUCGGUUUGGUCUGAAUGUCUGUCAUGGGUGCAGCGAGGUUUUGAAAUAGAGACAGAGACAGAGAUAUCGAGGUGAAGGUGGAGGUGGAUGUAGAAGUAAGUGGGAGAAGUAUGGGUUAAUACUGGUUUGUAUAUGAUGUUGCUAAGUUGGUCUGGUGACUCCUCCAUGGGCCAUGCAUAGUGGUUACAAACCUUGAUCUGAGCUACGACCAGCCAAGGCACAGCUUCAAGCUUCGAUGUGCAGAUGGUACUCCUGACAGCUCCGAGAUCGGACACCUCCACC